AUGCGUGGAAAGUAUUUGGCAGUGCCCUGGUACAAGGAGGAGCGAGACCGAAGCCUGCGCAUGAUAUACCACAGUUUUUCAUAUCAGAAGCCACGUGGAAAGUACUCAAGUCCACGUAACACUUCGCUAUAUGGUUCUCUGACCAUCAGCAAUGUUCAAACAAAUGACUCCGGGGUGUACUACUGCGCCACCCCCUUCUAUCCUUAUGCAAUCUGUCAAAAAACGCGGCUAAUUGUCACAACCGCUCACGUUCUGAACUUGCGUCUUCAGGGGGAGGACAAGGAAGUGGAGCUGGUGAAGGGAUCUCAGAUGAUCGUGACCACAGACCCAGCGUUCCAGCAGUGCUGUGACCAGCGGGCCGUCUGGGUCGAUUACGCCAACCUGCCGAAGGUUGUCAAGGUCGGCGGACGGAUCUUCAUCGACGACGGGCUCAUUUCCUUACUGAUCAAGGAAAUCCGCCCCGACGGCUGUGUGGUGGAGGUGGAGAACGGCGGGAUGCUCUGCAGCCGCAAAGGGGUCAAUCUGCCAGGGGCCAAAGUGGACCUGCCGGCCGUGUCCGCACGGGACGUGCAGGACCUGCAGUUUGGCCUGAAGCAUGGCGUCGACAUCGUCUUCGCCUCCUUCAUCCGCAAGGCCAGCGAUGUGACCGCGGUCCGGCAGGUGCUGGGAGAGCGGGGCCGCAGCAUCAAAGUCAUCAGCAAGAUUGAAAACCACGAGGGGGUCAAAAGGUUCGACGAAAUCCUGGAGGCCAGCGAUGGCAUUAUGGUGGCCCGGGGCGACCUGGGCAUUGAGAUCCCGGGCGAGAAGGUUUUCCUGGCUCAGAAGAUGAUGAUCGGCCGCUGUAACCGUGCCGGGAAGCCCGUCAUCUGCGCCACUCAGAUGCUGGAGAGCAUGGUCAAAAAGCCGCGUCCCACAAGGGCGGAAGUCAGCGACGUGGCCAACGCGGUGUUGGACGGGGCCGACUGCAUCAUGCUGUCGGGGGAAACGGCCAAGGGCGCCUACCCCAUGGAGGCUGUGCGGAUGCAGCAUGCGAUCGCCCGGGAAGCCGAGGCCGCCAUGUACCACCAGCAGCUCUUCCAGGAGUUACGCCGCCUGACCCCGCUGAGCCAAGAUCCCACAGAGGUGACGGCCAUCGGUGCCGUCGAGGCCUCGUUCAAGUGCUGCGCGGCCGCCAUUGUCGUCCUCACGACGUCUGGCAGAUCUGCCCAGCUGCUCUCCCGCUAUCGUCCACGGGCCCUUAUUAUUGCCGUGACACGCAACGAGCAGGUGGCCCGGCAGGGGCACCUGAACCGUGGCAUCUUCCCAGUCUUGUGGCGUGGCGCUAAGCAAGAGGUGUGGGCAGACGACGUCGAUCGGCGUGUGCAGUUUGGCAUGGAGAUAGGUGAGUUGCAGAAAUGCAGUCCGGCCUCCACCUGGUGGCGGUCCUCUAUUCCUCUUCUGCCAAUCCACAACUCCCUUGGGGUCAAGCUCCGCUCCUCCGCUCCUUCCGAUUGGUUCCGACGACCAUGGGCCGUCCUCAUACGAUGGAAACAGCCAAUCCAGGCGGUGGAGCCGGCAUGGUCCCUUUUUCGCCCCACGGACAUGGGCCACGCCCUCUUUCGCACUGCCUUUCGGGAAGCGUAG